AUGCUUCUUAUAUACACGAUCGGUAUGUUUGGUGGAGGACUAAUUGUCCACCUCUACUAUGUACAACAUGAAGAGGAUUUGUAUACAGCAGCACUGUCUGCAGCCAAGUCACCGAAAUUGACAGCAAACGAUAAUACAUAUAAACAGUUGAGUCUUUCGAACGAUUCAAUACACGAACAUGCAUUACAACAUUUAGCUGUUAUCAAUGCUGAAGGUCGCAACUUAUUGUGGAAUAAAACAGCUGGAGCCAUAAAAUACAUGGCAAAACAUUAUGCCAAUGAUUACGAUUACUUCAUGAAGGCGGAUGAUGAUUCAUAUGUGAUUGUAGAGAAUCUGCGCAAAAUUUUACAUAAACAAAAUCCCGAUAAACCAUUUAUCAUGGGCAGACGAUUCAAGCCAUUUGUUAAACAAGGAUAUAUGUCCGGUGGUGGAGGAUAUGUGCUAUCUCGAGCUGGUCUUUUGAAUAUCGCUAAUGGUUUGGAAAAUAAUGCCAUUUGUCAAAGUAAUAAACAUGCAUUCGCUGAAGACGUGAAACUUGGAUCUUGUGCUGAAGCUACAAAUGUUUCAGUAAUUGAUAGUCUAGAUGCAGAAGGACGUGAAUGCUUUCAUCCGUUCUCUCCAUCACAUAUGCUUACAAAAGACACAAACGGCUACCCAGAAUGGUACCUAAAGUACAAUUACCACAGAAUAGAUACAGGAUUCGAUUGUUGCAGUGAUUAUGCUGUCUCAUUUCAUUAUAUUAGACCUGAAGAGAUGUAUCUCUAUGAAUAUAUGCUGUAUCACCUACAUCCUUAUGGGAUACAUCGAGAUUAUAUGGAUUUAAUGAAUUAUUUACAACAGAAUAGAAUUUCCUGA